AUGAAAUAUAAGCAAUUAUUGAUAGAUCUACAUAGAAAUGUAAAACUACUUAAGAUCAUGUUGGUAAAGAAUUAGCAAUUUUAUCAAGAUUAUGGUUUUUAUUAUAUUGGUUAUUUAUAAUUUAUAAAUUUAGAUUUUAUGAUAACUUAAGUGUAUCAUCAUCAAUAAAUUUUUUAACAAAAGAUUUUAAACCACAUUAGAAAAUAGCCAUGA